AUGAAUUACGUGCUCAUCUUAUUAUGGGUCGGAGCGCUGCUAGGGUUCCCUGUUUCCCAUGCCGUUUCUCACUUUCCACCGCCUCCCAACAAGACUAAUUUUUGUGAUUACGGGAUCCAACUUGAAUGGACGGCACGGCUAGGCGGCAGUGUAGUUGCCACGCCCCGCAUCGUCGACUUAAUGCAAGAAGGGCGGAAGGAGAUUCUCAUCCCUACCUUUUCCUAUUACUUUGAGGCCCUUGACGGUUUGAACGGUGAGAGCGUCCCUGGUUUUCCAUUCGCUCACCCAAAGUUCAAGACAUAUGCCACCCCGCUUCCAGUUGACAUCGACGGUGAUGGGCGCACGGACUGGUUAGUUGCCAUGUAUACCGGCGAGCUCAUGGUAUUUACGCAAGAGGGAAAGUCCCUUGGUACUGUGUCUGUUCCACCACUGGUCGUUAAGAAGAACUGGAUGAAGCUUUCAAAUGCAACUCUUGACGAAAUGGUCGGGAAUCAGGCUUCACAAUUUAAAAUGGAAGGCCGAAGGACAUUACGAGAGAUAGGGAGGAUCAGGCGCGUUGUUGAUUUGACUAUGAAUAGAACAGGUCAAGACGAGGAUAAUGAAGAACCUGCAAUGGAUCCGGUGAAAGACUCACAAACACACUAUUUCAGCUACAGUUACCAAAAUCAGUCACAUUCCGCGAAAUCGAGAAGAAAUGACAUGCAUCAUAGAAAUCAGGAGUACCCUUGGGAUGAGGAGACUGUCGAAGACAAUUUACCUUCGGGCGAUGAGAACAUGUUCAGUUUUCAGGACAGUGAUGAAGAGCAGAUGAAGAUUGGCCCAAACGGCGGGCUCAGUGCUGAGGCGAAGGCCUCGAUGAGUCUUCUUUUCCACCCAGAGUUGUAUCAGACGAAGGUCAUCUACGAUGCGGAGGAGGACGCCUUCUCUUCGCACUACCUUCUAGGGAGAAUUUCCGCCGCACUUGGAGAAGACGAAAUCGCGGUUGACGCACACAUAUUAUCUACGCCAGUGAUCACCGACGUGGACAAAAAUGGCGACUUGGACGUCAUUGUGCACGUCAGCUACUUUUUUGACGACUCCGAAUACCUGGGGGAGAGGCGGAAUCUUCUUCCUAAGGGUAUCGAUCCUGACAAUUACGUUGCCACCGCGGUGCUCUGCAUCAAUUUGGUAACGGGUGAGCUCAAAUGGAUCUAUCCACUCGAGUUGACAAGCAAAAAGUCUACAAAUCCUUCAUAUGCCUUAAGCACACCUCUCAUUAUCAACGCUGAUCAGGAUUCAGAUCUGGAGAUAUUCAUCACGACAUCGACCGGACGCAUAGUCAGGCUCUCGGCCGGGGGAAAACCCCUUCUUGACAACUGGUCUGCCACCGGGUUAGGAUCUAUCAGCGCCUCUCCCGCAGCGGAGGAUGUUCAGGGCAGGGGUGAGCUCGGCAUUUGCACGGGUGACAUUGAGGGAACUGUUGCGUGUUUUACUCCUCGUGGAGAUGUGAUUUGGCGUCAGAAUGUUAUUGGGGGCCUUGCUGACCGCGUAAGCUUCGGUGAUAUUAACGGGGACGGAUUUAUGGAUGUAGUCUUCGGCACGACUGAAGGGCUUAUUUAUGCUCUGGAUGGCCGAGACGGACAUGUUUUAAAUCAUUUUCCUGUUGUCACGGAGGGACCUAUAAUUUCCCCUGUGCUUCUGAUGAAUGUUAAGCAGGGUGAUGUGCGUGGUGGACUGCACGUUAUUGCUCCCUCUCAUGACGGCAAUCUCUAUGUUGUCGAUGCCAUUAGUGGAUGCAUAGAGAGUUUUGAUAUGGAUGAGAAAUCUUCCACGAUGGUGCUAGCCGAUGAUGUGACUGGAAAUGGUCACAUGGACUUGGUGGUCACUACCCUAGGGGGUGGUGUCUAUGUUUUUGAAACGGAGAGCCUAUUCCACCCCGCAAAGGUUUGGGCUAGCGAAACAAAAGGGGUCAAUGGAUAUACCGCCAGCGAGAACUAUGUGAGUAUUUCUAUUGAUCCAGACUAUCGCAUUCCAAGGGAUAUUCGUGGCGAUCGAUUCAAACUCAAGUUUACCAUUAAGGAUCCCCGCAUUGAUAUAGAGAAGAGACAAUACACAGUAUCAGUUUAUGUUGGGUCCCGCGUUCGGUUAUACCAAGGCACCUUUGACAAGCCCGGCACCUAUACGAUUGAAGUGUAUGCACCUCUGGAGCGCAUGUACUCUAGUUUGACCGUGGCUCUUAGUCUUCCCAAUGGUCAAGUCCUUACGGACACAAUAGCGUUGAGCUUCAACAUCCAUUUUUUAGAGACUGUCAAAUACACCCUAGUCAUCCCAUUUCUUGUAACCGCCGCGGCCCUCAUGUUCGUGCGCAAGCAGCACGCCGUAGAGUCCAACAGAGAGGAACUGUUUGUUUAA